CAAAUGGUGAUCCAAUUCCUUCUCUUCCUCGCCUUCUACGCCAUCGCGAAGCGGUUGCUCCACAAGAUCCGGAGCCUCCCGCCCAGCCCCUUCCUCACCCUCCCCGUCAUCGGCCACCUCCACCUCCUCAAGAAGCCCCUCCACCGCUCCCUGUCCCAGAUCUCCCGGCGGCACGGCCCCGUCACCCUCCUCCAGUUUGGCUCCCGCCGCGUCCUCGUCGUCUCCUCCCCAGAUGCCGCCGAGGAGUGCCUCGCCAAGAACGACAUCGUCUUCGCUAACCGCCCUCGCCUCCUUGCCAGGAAGCACCUCGGCUACAACUAUACCAGCCUCGACUCGUCCCCCUACGGCGAACACUGGCGGAACCUCCGCCGCAUUGCCUCCCUCGGGUUACUCUCCACCAGCCGCCUCCUGACCCUGUCGAGCAUCCGCACCAGUGAGGUGAGGUCGCUGCUCCGGCUGCUUGCCAAGAGUGGCAGCCAGAGCGUGGACAUGAAGUGCGCUUUCUUUGAGCUGAUGUUGAACGUGAUGAUGCAGAUGAUCGCCGGAAAGAGGUACUACGAAGAGAACGUGGGGGAGGUAGAGGAGGCGAGAAAGUUCAGGGAGAUCGCGACCCAGUCGUUCAGGGUUGGUGGGGUGACGAACAUCGGCGAUUUCUUGCCGUUCCUGAGGCGGAUGGGGCUGGAGGGGUUGGAGGAGAAGAUAACGGCGUUGCAUAAGAAGAGGGAUGAGUUCAUGCAGAGCUUGAUCGACGAGAGCCGGAGCGGUGAGGGUGACGAGUCGCCGGAGGAGUCAGCGGAAGGGGGGAAGAGGAAAACGUUGAUUCAGGUGCUUCUGUCCCUGCGGGAGACUGAGCCGGAGUACUACAAGGACGAGACUGUCAAGAGCCUCAUGCUGGUUUUAUUAUUGGCCGGAACUGAUACAUCGGCCUUGACCAUGGAAUGGGCAAUGUCGGCUAUGCUAAAUCAACCGGAGAUUCUGAAGAAGGCGCGAGCCGAAAUAGAUGAGGUCGUGGGUCACGACCGUCUUGUCAACGAAUCGGACUUGCCAAAGCUCUCCUACCUCCAUUGUGUCGUGAACGAAACGAUGCGGAUGUAUCCCGUGCUUCCACUCCUUAUUCCUCAUGAAUCGGCGAAGGAGUGCUGCGUAGGAGGUUACCGCGUCCCACGAGGCACGAUACUCCUAAUCAACCUGUUCUCCAUACAGAACGAUCCCAAUUACUGGCCCAACGCAGCGAAGUUCAGACCGGAGAGGUUCACAGGGAUGGAAGGCGUGAGGGAUGGGUACAAGAUGAUGCCUUUCGGCUCAGGGAGGAGAGGGUGUCCGGGCGAGAACCUCGCAUUGCGCAUGAUCGGGUUGACACUCGGGUCGUUGAUCCAAUGCUUUGAGUGGAACCGAAUUAGCGACGAACUGAUCGACAUGACGGAAGGGACCGGACUGACCAUGCCCAAAGCUCAGCCGUUGUUGGCUAAAUGCAGGCCUCGCUCCUUCACAUCGGACCUUCUUUCUCAGGCUUGAGCUCGAUUGAUGGGUCGAGGGGUAGAUAACACCUCGACUUAGUUCUAAAGAAAGAUUUUGAGAUUUGUCGUUCCGGUGCUAAUACAUUAGUUUUCUUCUUUAAAUAAGAAAGCCGGCCGUGUAAAGCGAUCCUAUACUUGAGAUUCCCCUGGCGA